AUGAGGAGACUAGCAUGCAAAAGAUUAAGGGGGUCUCACACAUUUGACGUGAUUGCUGGUGCUCUUGAUGAUGUCAAUUGUCAAUACAAGAUUAGAGAUAAAGUAGUAAGGACCACAACCGAUAGUGGAUCCAACUUCCUCAAAGCUUUCCAUGUGUCUGGACAGCAGAAAGAUGCAGAGGUAGAUGACGAUGAAGAAGACAUGGAUGCUCUUGACGCAAGUGACCAUAUUGAGUAUCAUGAUGCAAGUACAAUCCUUGAUGAAGACUCUGGUAUGGAAUAUCAACUACCCCCUCAUCAACGAUGUGCAUGUCACUUGCUAAAUCUUGUGGCAACAACUGAUGCUUCCCUUGCAGAGGCCAUGAAUGACACCUACAAGAGGCUUUUUCGUGCAACAAUUGCAAAAUGCCAGGCCAUUUGGAACAAAACUGGGCGAUCUCAUUUGGCUAGUGAAGUGAUAGAGGACAAGUGUGGGCUACAGAUCAUUCGCCCCAAUGCAACACGUUGGAAUUCCACCUGUCUUGCCACUGAAAGAAUUAUACGCAUCAUUGAUGAGAAAGGUGAAGAUUCCAUUAGGGGUGUAUGUGACGAACUCAAGGUGAAAAUGUUGAGUCCUGCAGAAGUUGCAUUCCUCCGGGAGUAUAGCAUCACCAUGAAGCCACUGAUGAAAGCUUCAAACAUCCUCCAGUGUUUACAUUUGAUGGCUGCUGCCAGUAAUCCACCAGCUUCUAUCCAAACUCAACAGACUAGAGAUAUCAAGCAAGACCUGCACACCGCUCAUUAG